AUGUCAGAAAACCCCAUACUACGAAAUGCAACACACUCGAAACUGACACAAUCUGCACUGAACGACGGUAUAUUAAUGACAUCUGCACUGAACGACGGUAUGUUAAUGACAUCUGCACUGAAUGAUAUAUUAAUGACAUCGAGAGUACCGAAUGACGGUAUAUUAAUGACAUCGAGAGUACCGACACCGCCAGUGACAAGUAGCGGCAACAUACAAUCAUCACAACCACAACCAGGUCACUACAUUAACGACCAAUCUACUCCCUUGGAAAGUAUCAAAGUCAUAGACAAACAAAGUUUGGAGUAUGUGAUGCUACUGGGUAUAGCAGGAGGUAUGGCCGGGUGCUGCGCCAAGACUCUUGUUGCGCCACUAGAUCGAAUCAAGAUCCUUUUCCAAACUUCUAAUCCCGAGUUUAUCAAAUAUCGAGGCACAUUUCACGGAUUGAUCGAUGCUGGCAAAUGGAUCUGGAAAAGCGACGGAAUCCGAGGCCUUUAUCAAGGACACUCCAUAACAUUAGUAAGGAUAUUUCCUUAUGCCGCAAUUAAAUUUGUCGCUUAUGAGCAAAUAAGACAAGUUUUAAUACCCAAUGAUUUAUACGAAACUGCAGGAAGGAGAUUUAUGGCUGGUUCGUUAUCGGGAUUAGCCUCAGUGUUUUUCACAUACCCUUUGGACUUGGUGCGAGUGAGACUAGCAUUUGAAACUAAAAAUCUAGUGCAUUUAAAAGUACACCCUACACAUUACCUGUAUACGCAUCAUCAUCAUCACAGUCGCCAAAAUCAACGUCCCAGUAGCAAAGUAUGGGAAAUUGUUAAAUUGAUAUACAACGAAAACCCGCCAAUUAGAAAAAACGAUCCCGAGUGGUAUCGAAUAACAAGACAUUUCUUGCCCAAGGGAGUGCAAAAAGUGAGUAAUUUUUAUCGAGGGUUUGCUCCAACCAUAUUGGGGAUGAUUCCUUAUGCUGGUGUGAGUUUUUAUACUCAUGAUUUGUUGCAUGAUGCUUUGCGCAGUAAAUACUUGGCAAAAUACACAGUCCAACCACAGACCAAAAGAGGCGACUCCGUUUACCAAAAGACGAAAUCUACACGGGAAUCAAGAGCUUCAUUGAAGGCACACGCCCAAUUAUUUGCUGGAGGACUAGCAGGCUUAUUCUCUCAGACUGCUGCAUACCCUUUUGAAGUUAUUAGAAGAAGAAUGCAAGUUGGUGGAGCCAUAAAUAAUGGUAAUUUCUUAAGCUUUAAACAAACUGCUAAAUUGAUUUACAAAGAAAAUGGAUUCAGGGGGUUCUUUAUUGGGUUAAGUAUUGGGUAUAUGAAGGUUGUUCCUAUGGUGGCUUGUUCUUUCUUUGUAUAUGAAAGGAUGAAGAAGGUAUUGGGGAUAUAG